AUGUCAUCAUUUGAGACAUUCUUCGAGGGCUGGCUGGUCCGGCAGGAGCACUACCUGGACGAGCUCCAGUCGGCCCAGCAGCGAGCCCACGAGGCGCGUGAAGUUGAUCUCCGAGACUUGGUGUCGCGGGUGCUGCUCCAUUACCAGCAAUACUAUGAGGAGAAAUCAAGAAUUGCACAGAGAGAUGUGUUUAUGGUGUUUUCACCCACUUGGUUCACUUCCCUGGAGCGUGCUUUGCUGUGGAUAGCCGGGUUCAAACCGGGUCUGGCAUUCCGGUUGGUUUCGGACUCGGUACCCGACUUGAGUGAUGACCAGCGGGUCCGGGUGACCCGCCUCGUGGAGGAGACGCGGGUCGAGGAGCGGGCGCUGAAUGAUAAGCUGGCUAAGAUUCACGAGAGCGUGGCGGCCCCACCGCUUGUCGAUGUGGCGCGUCGCCACGCGCGGUAUGUGGAGAGUGAGGGUGCGGAGGGGGAGGAGGAGGAGGCGGCGACGAGGUUGAAGUCGGCAUUGGAAGACGUGCUGGCGGAUGCGAAUUUGCUGAGGACGACGGUGGCGACGAAGCUGGUGGAGAUGAUGAGCGGCGCUCAGGCGGUCAGGUUUUUGGUGGCGGUGGGUCAGUUUCAGCUCAAGAUAAGGAGCUGGGGGUUGGAGAGAGACGCGCGGCGGUCCCGCGGCGGAAGACGGUGGUAG